AUGUCUUUCACCCUCACCCGAACGCCGAAACCGAACACUCUUCUCACCAAAUUCAACAAUCUCAACCGUCCUACUAGAAACUUCUCCGUUUUCAUCCAAAGCUCAAACCGAUCAACACCAAAAGCCACCUCCUCCGCCGCCAGCCACUAUCAUCGCCAGCCAACCCAACACCAAAAAUACCAGCACUGGUCACUGAAACAACAACAAUAUCGCAACAUGUCUUCCUCUCCUCCGUCCGAAAUAAAGCCUCAAUUCUCAGAGGGCUCCGACCCAGUCGUCCUCGGUCCGGCGCUCGACAAGCUUUUGUCCACGGGAGGUGCUGGUGGUAGAUGGACGCUUACACAAGAGGGAGUCGCCAUUGAGAGGACGUUCAAGUUCAAGACUUUUGCCAAGACUUGGGACUUCAUGACCGCCGUCUCCCUCCAAUGCAAGCUCAAGAACCACCAUCCCGAAUGGUCCAAUGUCUUUAACACAACCUUCAUUCGCUGGACGACCCACGUCCCCAAGGGUCUUUCAUCCAAGGACAUUGAGCUAGCCACCAUCUGCGACUCGUUGGCCAAAGACUUUGGCGAGACUGAGCCGACGGAAAGCUGCGCCAUGCCCAACCUGGCUGACCGGGCCGUGGCUUUUUCUGGGGAUUGCUGCACGCCUAAGCACCUGAAGAAGUGA